ACAGAGCGCUUCAUGGCGUCCGUCCGUCUCUGGAACCUCCGGUUUGACACCAACUGCGAGGAGAUCCUCAAGAAGCCGACCAUGUAAAACCACCAUCACCUCCCAUGGGCCCUCUCCCCGGCCGGCUUCUUCUCUCACAUCCCACACGGCCCCAUCAACACACAAAAACAAAAACCACAAAACACAAAUAUGAUACCCACAAGCCAGUCUGUACGAUUAGGUGUCUUUCGGGGUCGUUUGGUCAUCGGGUUUUUUUUAUUAUACAGACGGAGUCUCGGCUCCUCGUCUCAAGUCGCGGAGGGCGGUUUUUCGCCUUCAACACUCGAUACACAUUCCGUCGGGAGCAGUCCCGCAUCACGGUGGCCGUCUUUUUUGUUUCGGUCUUUCAGAGAUACCCAACGCGCACGAUCGUCGUUUCUACAACGCGACAACUAUUUACACGCCCCGCUUCACGAAGCGAGGAUGGACGCAACGGAUCACACGAUCACGUCACAGCAGCCCCAGAGAUGGUUGCACUUCUGCCUAUUACAGGUGUACAGGAACUACAAAAGUUACCGGUGUUUUGUUUCCCUUUGUUUUUGUCUUUUUGAGCGCGUUUGUUUACCUUGUUCGGAUGGAUUGAUCGAUCAUGGAAUGGUCAGAGGAGGAUUUCAGUGAUGAAGGGUGGCACGCACUCGAUAUUUAAUGGCGACUUUGCUCGGGCCUCGGAAAGAAGGAUUUGUUUUUUUGCGGUCUCGUUUUGUUUACUCGGAAAGGUCUCGCUGGCUGUACGAGAGCCUCGUUCAUUUUACAUUGU